CGCCUAAAUAAUAACAUCCGAUUUGUUUACUUUACGAACCGACGGAGCAAAACAAAAAUCGCCUUCGAAUUCAGCUCCCCUUAUCUUUUGUGGAAUUUUUCAAGCUUUUUUUGCGUCAUAAAUUGAAAUAUUUCGAGUUCGCGCGAAUAAGGCAAAAACCGAACCAUAGAAACUGUGUCAGUCGCUGCCGCAGUCGCAGUCGCCGUCGCCGUCGCUGUCGACGUCGACAGAGUGCCGACUUCCAUAUCGGCCGAUCGUUUAUAUAGCUGGCGUACCGCACUCGAUUUUCAUCAGUCGCUACGCGUCUCUCAACACAAACGGAGCUCACACGCCCUCGAAAAGCGGAAAAGCCAAGGGAAAUCGUUCGGAAAUAGCAAGUGCAAGUGCAUAAUAUACGCAGGCAUCUAGUACUUCUGCCCAGUGUCGAACAAAAUCCUCUUCGAUGUCGAUUAACUCGCCAAUAUCGUUAAAAAACUCGGACCUGUAUUAACCAGGCAAAGGCGACCUUUAAUACAAAAAACAAACAAAUUGUCUAAGCCAAAGCAGCCAAAACAAAGACUAAGCCAAGGCAAAUAAAAAACACCGCAAACAACAAGUUGUUUGCUUUUAGUUCGCGUUCCCCUUAUUUUAUUUUCCUUCCGUUCGGUUUUCCACGCACGCGCGUCGAAAAAAUAUUUAAAACAGUUGAAAACCAACUGUUGCAUCCGACCAGCCAAAUCGAAACGAAACUAUCUUUGACUUUCAAGUGGAAACGCGAAAAGCCGCAUAUAAUACAAAGUUUUGUGUGAAGAAAGCGAACGAAACCCGAGAACUUCACCAGGAAAACAACAAUUUCGUUUAUUGGGCUUAGGCCAUUGUAUGGAUCAGUCUAAACAAACGACGAAACUUGGAGACGAGCCGGACCUCCUGUUCAAGCGAGCGCAGGGCCGGAUUAGUCUGAUCAGUGCUGGAGUCGGAGCCACCCAGGCUGGCCAAGCUGCCCAACCACCAACGCUGCAUUCAAGCCAACAGUUCGCCAACAUUCAACUAGACGCCACGCUCAAUGACUGCGAAAGUGGCUAUGUGCCCACCGUGGGCCGAUGGGGUGCCGAAUGGCCGAGUUGACUCGCCGCUGCCACCCACCAUCGACGGGAGGGGGCGUGGCCCGGCCUCCAGUGGAGGAGGGGGCCAUCGCCGCCGCCGCCGCUGCCCAGGAUCCGUUGCUCCCAGCGGAUCAGCAGCUGGCGGACGCGGUGCGCGGUCUGGGAUUGGGAUUGACUACGACGCGAACAGCCGUCGUUGCCGCCUCAAUUGAUCGACCGACUGGACAUGGCACCGGGGCCAUCCGUCGCACACCCUCCACCUCCAGCGAGGAGGACUUGGAGGAGGACGAGGAGCUGGUGCCUCCGACCGAUCUGACAUCGGUGGACGGAUCGGAGCGCUACUCCGACAUCCGGCAGCUGCUGGCCAAGCAGCAGCGAAUCGGCGAGGGAAUCGCCCACGGAUCCGCCGACUGGAUCGUGGGCGAUGGCUACGAUCUGGAGGCCUUCAGCCAGGUGAACGGAGUGUGGCCCUUGGGCCAUCCGUUGCCGCUGCCCGACUGGUCGGGUCCGGAGUCCGGCAAGGGCACCCUCCUCUUCGACAAUGUCUGGCAGUACGAGGAGCUGAACGGGGUUGUGGAGACCACGCUGCAGCGGAUGCUGGAGGAGACGCACUACAACACGGUCAACCUGUUCGUGGACUUCUAUCGCAGCUUCAAGCGCACCCGUCGCUCGGACUUGAGGAGCUUCUUCCAGUUCUACGAUGUGCCCAUCAACAGGCGGCACCACAUGUGCGUCUCCCUGGCCUUCGAGAUCAUGGCCAGGAUGGUGCAGCUCUUCCCUGUGCUGGCCAACUACCUGUAUGUGGUGUCCUGCGAGGAGCAGGUGAUGGACUGCCAGGACUACGUUCACCUGGACGAGGAGUGCGGCCUGAAUUCGGUGGAUGCGGGUGUGGAGAAGGAGCACGUGAUGGUCGCCAUGCGGAUUGCCAUUGGCGAGCGUCGUGGUGUGAUGAUCCUGGAUCCGGGCUACCAUGUCAGCCGAGCCGUGACCGUUAUGCAGGAUCAGAGCUAUCCACAUACGGGCUGGUUCACCCAAUCCAAGGAACCCCAUCUGCAGCGCGACUACUGCUACGCUUACAGCCAGCAGAACGACAAGUUCGUGGAGUGGAAGGAGCGCGAGAUCCGUGGCGAGGACACCAGCUACAAGACCUCCUUGAUCUACGUGGCCCAGGAGUACAUCACCGCCAUCGAUGUUACCGUGCGGCGUAAUCUGGUGUACAACUUCCGAUCGCUGCUGUCGCGAGAUGCCAAGGGUCAGGUGACCUCGGGCAUCUACUUCCCACUGGUGGCCAAUGGCCAGGAGGCCUACUUGACCAUCUUCUACGACGGACCCAAUGAGCAGCGGGUGCGGACCAAGCUGAUGUUCACCGCGUUUAAGGUUGGCAAGGGAAAGCUCCCAGAUUACUUAGUGCAACAUCUUAGCCGCUUGGCGCCUCAGUUGAAGAUGCCCCUGCAGGAACUCACAGAUCUCUGCAAAUCCCUAGCCGAGGUGGUCCUUGACCAGAGCUUUAUUAGCCAGGUUUUGGCCAUAAACGACGACAUCGGCAACAUGUCCGUAGAGAAUUGACAGUUAAAGGAGCCUAAGGAUGUCGCUGCUACGGAAACGGAAACGGAAACGAAGAAGAAGAUGGAGAAACUGGCGAUAAAAGACACUGACAACGCAGCUGCAACUUAGAGUUCCGACCCUUUGAAUACUUUGUCCUUUCCACAGUAAUAUUCUUUUUUAGUAGCACCUAGGCACCUCUUACACCAGCACACACGAUUCAAGGAUAUAUUUCAAUUUAGUCUAGUAUAUAUUUCAAAAUAUGUAUUCACCUAUAAACACGAAACACACGCACACACUCUAUAUAUGGUAAUCCCAAUUGAAUUAUUUAACCGAAAGCAAAACGCAAUUUAAUCAAAACUAAAAGGCGCAAAGCAUAGAUUUCGAUUUUUACUUAGCUUCUGUUUAUUUCGAUCUAAGUAUAUACGUAUGCGCAACUAUAUAAAGGCAAAAUUAGUUAAUAACUGGUAUCGAGGCAAAACAAAAAUUGUAAUUGUUAUAUCAACAUAUUUCCGUUUUAACACUUAAAUGCACUUUACGAUUUCGGUUCAAUAAAUAAAUCAGCUAGCAGAA